AAGUUAAUUCAUCUUUCCCAACUAGAUUUGAGUUUUAACGCACUUGAAGGUCAGAUACCAUCAGAUAUUAGCAACAUGCAGAGUCUGAAGAUACUUAAUAUAUCCCACAACAAUCUUUCUGGUUUCAUUCCAACAAGUAUGGAAGACAUGCAUGGGCUAACGUAUGUUGACAUAUCCUACAAUCACUUGGAAGGUCCACUUCCCAACAUCAAGGCAUUUCAAGCUGCUCCUCCAGAAGCAUUACAAGACAAUAAAGGGUUGUGUGACAACUCAAGUUUUUUGCAACUCUGCAAUAAUGAAAGCCCAAAAAAGGACCAUAAACUCGUACUUUUGAUUAUCUUCCUUGUUCUUGGAGCAAUUGCACUUCUAGCCUUUAUAUUUGCUUUUGUACCAAAAAGGGAAAAGAAGCAUCUAGAAGAAAAAAACAGGGAUGACGAAAUUUCUUUUUCUAUAUUAAAGUUUGAUGGGAAGAUGAUGUUUAAGGAAAUUGUAAGGGCAACAAAAGAUUUUGAUCCCAUGCAUUGCAUAGGACAAGGAGAACAGGGAAGUGUCUACAAAGCAACUUUGUCAUCCACUUGCACAGUGGCCGUGAAGAAACUCCAUUUGCUAUGCGAUGAUGACAAGAAUGUUCAGAAGGCAUUCUUGAAUGAAAUUAGGGCACUAACUGAGAUGCGUCACAGAAAUAUUGUGAAGCUUUAUGGUUUUUGUUCACAUAGGCAACACUCAUUUUUGGUGUAUAAGUAUCUUGAAAAGGGAAGUUUGGCUAGAGUAUUGAGCAAAGAUGAGGAAGCUAAAGAACUGGGGUGGAGUAAAAGGUUGAAUAUCGUGAAAGGUGUAGCUCGUGCCUUGUGUUACAUGCACCACGAUUGCUUGAAACCAAUUGUACAUCGGGACAUAUCGAGCAAGAACGUUUUGCUGGAUGCAAAGUAUCGGGCAUGUGUUUCAGACGUUGGCAUUGCUAAAUUCUUAAACCCAGACUCAGCUAAUUGGACUGCCGUUGCAGUCACCUAUGGAUAUAUUGCACCAGAGCUGGCGUAUACAAUGGUAGUAAAUGAGAAGUGUGAUGUUUAUAGCUUUGGAGUGGUGGCAUUGGAGAUAGUUAUGGGAAGACAUCCCGGAGAUCUUCUCUCAUCCCUAUCAUCGGGGUUGUCGUCAUCGUCGUCGUCAUCAACUGCCUUACCAGCCCAUCCAAUGCCAGUUGUGGAUGUUUUCGACCAACGCAUUUCCCCUCCAACACAUCAAGUUGCAGGGGAAGUGCUCUCGCUUAUGAAGAUAGCAUUUGCAUGCCUGAAUUCCUGUCCUCGAUCUCGUCCAACAAUGAAACAAGUUUCUCAACAAUUUGAAACUCAUCAGAGGCUACAUUUGACUAAGCCAUUACGUAUGAUAAAACUAGGUGAAUUGCUUGAUUUCGAUGGUUUGGAUUUGGCUAUCUGA